UAGUCCCUGCGUUCUGUCCUCCUCCUUAAAUGUGAUUCUGUUAUAUGGCUCUGCUGGGACUCUGCCACUAACUGUGGCUUUUCAAGCAUGUCACUGUUGACUCUGGACCUCUGAGUUCUUACCAGUAAAAUAAGAGACUUGAACUGACCAGGUGACCUCUGAGGUUCCUUCUACCUUGUUAAUUCCGUGAUACUCAUUAGGGCCCUGGUAGCUAAGGCAGGGAGGUGUGAGUGAAGUUCAAAACUGAGUCAUGGUGCUGGCCUCAUAUCUGUCCAUCUCAUCUUAUGAAAACUCUUCAGGUAUGGGGGACUUGGACCUGUCUUUAAUCCCAAAGCCAGGGAUUGGGUUCUACCUGGCAGGAACAGAAAUGGAUGUUUCUUACAGUAAAAGCUAGAUCAAUUGAACUUGGAGUGCCAGGAUGCCACAUGAUCCAGGCAUGCUCAGCAGUCCCUGUCCUGCACAGCUAAAGAAAGGUGGAGAGCAGAAGUCACUUGCCUGCAAGAUGGAGCUUUCCUCUGUCUUCACAAAGCCAGCCCUGUUGUUGUUCAGCCUGUGAGACCAAGGCCGUUAAAGAGCCUGUUGACCCAGAACCAUCUAGCAGCCCCUUUUCAGUAUCACCUACGCCUUAAAGAAAGAGAAAAGAGCAGUAGGCAGAAAUGACAAAGCACAUUGCCCUGGAAAUGCCUUGGGUCUGGGUAGCAGUGUUUCUAGCCAGGCUCCUCUGAAGCUUGUCUGACCCAGCCUCCGACAUAAUCCUUCACUUCUUACAGAUGUAAGGGAUAAAGCAGCACUACAUUACCACCUCCAAACUGCUCUCCUCUGAGAUAGGAGUAUUUCCUUUCUCAGCUGUGUCACAGCCCGGACUAGGAAAGGGCUGCAGCCCUGUGAGAUAAAAAUGCCAGAUGCUUCACUGACCCGUCAGUUCACAUGCUGAGGUAUCAGAGGAAAGGGAUGGAGUCAGGGAGUUCCUGAUUCACGGUGAUGAAGGAAGCGUGAGGCUUGGCCAUCCUAUCUCCAAGAGUUUGCAGUUCCCAUGGGGAAAGGGACAUUACUUACAAAUGAUAAAAACUCCCUAUGUGACAGCUUCUGCCUUCUGUCCAAUGUUAACAAAACCAUCUCUGUGUAAUCAUUAGAUCCUCUCUCCCCCAGAGCCCCUCAGAUGGAAGUCCUAGCCUGGCUUUUUCUAAUAGCUCUUAGAGAAUUCCUUUCACCCUGAGGACAAGAUUUUAGAGGAAUAGGGGAAAGAUGUCUCUGGGGGCACCUGGUGGGAACAAAGCUGUACCGCAUGUGCUUCACUCCCUUCCAUGAUAGCAGCAAGGUACUCUUCCAACUACUCAUGGAGAAGAAAGCAAUCUAGUCUGGCUGAUAGGAAAGCUCUGAAAAUUCGAAUUUCCCUUUCUUCACCAGUUUCCAGCCCUUUCCUUCCUAAAGGUCUGGGGCUGCAUCAAUGCUUGAGGGCAUAAAAGCCCAUGGCCACAAGAAGACAGUGGCCGAGAAGCCGAAGUCUAGUUCAUAGUGGAGGCCCAGGAAAGACAGAACUGGGGAGGUGUCUGGACCUUGAGAAGGGGGAUGAGAAAGCUCUACCUUUAGUCAUCUAAAAUCACCCGCUUGAGUCUGCAGCAUGGACACUGUCCCUUCCUGAAGUUAGCCAGAACUGACCUACACGCCAUAGGUGAAAAGCCAGGGAACAGCAGCUCGGGGGGUGGGGGUGGGAGGAGUUAGGGUCCAGCCCUGCCCAGACCUCCCCGUGUCUAAUUUCUCUGUGUCAGCUGUGUCGCUCAGCUGUCCACUUCCCUCCAGCCCUGUCAUUUCAGCUCUGACACCAAGGCGAGAGGCUAGGAGGUCUACAAAUACCGUCUGGGUAGCUGGUUGAGUACAGAGGGUGCUGGGGGGCUUAGCCCCCAAGGAAGAGGACCAGUCCUCCCUCAGCACCACCAUCAAGACCCCAGGGGCUCCCUCUUUCCUCCACAGACUGUGGACUGACUUAGGGAAUCCCAAACGAUGACUGAAAAGGAGGUGCUGGAGUCCCAUAAGCCCUCCUUGCCAGCAGAGACUCGGCAGAGCAGGCUGCAGCGGCUGAAGCGGUUAUUCAGGAAGGAGUCUACAGGGACAAAGGAGAUGGAGCUUCCCCCAGAGACCCAGGCCAAUGGGGAGGCAGUGGGAGCUGGGGGUGGGACCAUCUACUACAUCUAUGAGGAAGAGGAGGAAGAAGAGGAGGAGGAGGAGGAGCCACCCGCAGAACCUCCUAAGCUUGUCAAUGAUAAGCCCCACAAAUUCAAAGAUCAUUUCUUCAAGAAGCCCAAGUUCUGUGAUGUCUGUGCCCGGAUGAUUGUGCUCAACAACAAAUUUGGGCUUCGCUGUAAGAACUGCAAAACUAACAUCCACGAACACUGUCAGUCCUAUGUGGAGAUGCAGAGAUGCUUCGGCAAGAUCCCCCCUGGUUUCCGUCGGGCCUAUAGCUCCCCACUCUACAGCAACCAGCAGUACGCUUGUGUCAAAGAUCUCUCUGCUGCCAAUCGCAAUGACCCUGUGUUUGAAACCCUGCGCACUGGGGUGAUCAUGGCAAACAAGGAGCGGAAGAAGGGACAGGCAGAUAAGAAAAAUCCUCUAGCAGCCAUGAUGGAAGAGGAGCCAGAGUCUGCCAGACCAGAGGAAGGCAAACCCCAGGAUGGAAACCCUGAAGGGGAUAAGAAAGCUGAAAAGAAGACACCUGAUGACAAACACAAGCAGCCUGGCUUCCAGCAGUCUCAUUACUUUGUGGCUCUCUAUCGGUUCAAAGCCCUGGAGAAGGACGAUCUGGAUUUCCCGCCCGGAGAGAAGAUCACUGUAAUUGAUGACUCCAAUGAGGAGUGGUGGCGGGGGAAAAUAGGGGAGAAGGUCGGAUUUUUCCCUCCAAACUUCAUCAUUCGGGUCCGGUCUGGAGAGCGUGUGCACCGCGUAACAAGAUCCUUCGUGGGGAACCGCGAGAUAGGGCAGAUCACUCUCAAGAAGGACCAGAUUGUGGUGCAGAAAGGAGAUGAAGCCGGCGGCUACGUCAAGGUCUACACCGGCCGCAAGGUGGGGCUGUUCCCCACCGACUUCCUUGAGGAGAUUUAGGCUUGCAGGCGCCUGCUGGCGGGAGAUACCCAAACCCCAUUCUGGGCAGGCCCAGUGGAGGUUGCGGAGGAAAGAGGCGAAAGCAACUAUACUGCUGGAUGGGAGAGGGGUGGGAAGGCCCACCAGAACGUGAAGGGCCUUCUGGGAAGGGACUGGUUCCCCUCCUCGCUCCCCGCUCCCCGGCGAGGGCAUCAGAUACUCGGUGCCGGGAGCAAGCCUCAUCAGCCUUUGAGAGCUGGAAAAAGAACACGUCUCCACUAGGAGGUGUCCCAAGGGGAGGGAGGUUAAGGCGAACCAUCGAAUGUUGCGAAUUUAUUAAAGUUUUGACAAAAGUU